AUGGGAAUAUCAAAACUACCAUACGAAAUUCUUGCACAAAUUGGGGAUAAUCUAUCGACAACGGACAGACACUCUUGUACUCUUACGUGCAAAAGAUGGAGAUACCCGUUUCAAAAUGCUCUGUGGAGAAACAUGUGGAUAUUUACCUAUGAAGGCAUGCAAAGACUUACCAACAAUAUUAAAAACUCUCAAAAUAUACCCGCAACAUACCCCUUUUUGGUUCACAGCUUACACAUACGUCUUCGCCGUUAUUGGCCAGAAAUAUCAGACGAGAAAUUUUCUACGCUAUUCAGAUGCUUUCCAAACUUGAAGCGCCUGGACAUAGAGGAUAUAGUGUAUACAGAUAUUUAUACAGAAAUAACAAGAUCUGACAAUAUAUGGAAGUCUCUGAAAAGUUUGAGAAUACAAUACAGACAAACCGGUGAAACGGACCAAGCACAAAUCCUUCUUGAACUUAUAGCUACAUGUAGCUUGCUUCAUGAAUUAGAAAUACUUAAGAAAGGACCAAGUUGUCGCAUAGAGUUUGAUGUGUAUGACUUGGACAGAAUACACCAAAACUUGCAAAGCCUAUCAUCUAUAAAGGCUAAAAUAUAUCUCAGUCCUGACCUUUCGGCUGCAUUGGACACAAUACCAGAUACAACACCGGCUUUUGCAGUGACAUACCUAGAUAUAAACUCGAAAAAAUUCGAAAACAAAAGCGAUUAUUUGAAUGGAAAUUGGAAUGAAUGGAAUCCUUUGUGGCUGUAUUACUUUGGUUACAAAUAUCCAAACCUGCGUUCGCUAAAGCUGAAUUCCACGGGGAUAAGUGGUAAUCUAAUAGAUGCAGACGAGAGGCAAAGAAUCAUAUCUCUUCUUCACUCUAAUCCAAAUGCAUUUCAACACCUGGAAACAUUCGAUUUUACAAACGACAAAUAUUUCGAGCUUUCUGACUUUGUUUUAUGGGAAUUAUUUUAUGCUUUAAAAGUCCCUCUUAAGCAUUUGACGUUGGAUGCAACACAAGAUGGCAAAGUAGACGAUUCAUACCCAAUUGACGUUAACACAAUCUUACAAUCCUUCUCUGAAACACUCAAGAGCCUUUCGGUUACAGGUUUUACAUAUAACUACAAUGACCAAGAUACGGCUAUCGAACUAUCCUAUUACUACCCACUUUUGACAGACAUUUGCAUCAGUGGCAGCAAUGUGUCUCUUAAUCUAGACAACAUAUUGGACAAAUGUGUGGCCCUUAUACAGCUAAAAUUUGGUGGUGGAAAAUUGUUUAUUAAUCCAAACACAACAACCAAGGAAUCAGAACAGAAACAGCAGCAUCAUGGAUUAAUGGUUUUGACAUUACUAAAAUUCUCUGCAGCCGCUGAAGUAUUUAAGAAUAUCUCUUUUAGGUGUAGAAGUUUAAGACAUAUGACUUUGAAUGGCUUGUGCGCAACGGGAUCUAUUUGCGAAGAAACCGGACGUCUGUUAUUUGACAUGUCACAUACUUUCUUAAAGACUUUAAACAUCAGUCAGGUUCAAUAUUGCACGUCAUACGAAGAAAUGAAUGCAAGCAAUGCUGGUGGUCUGACCCUCCUGUCUCAAUUAAACGACUCUCAAUUAUCAGAUACAAAGAACGGAAGAGAAAAAGAGAAUAUGGAUUCCGAAUGCCCUGUAGUAGCAAUUCACAAUAUUGAUUGGAUCUAUACAUAUUGGAACUAUGGGUAUAAUUAUGCACAUAUACUAGACACUAGAAAACUUUCGAAGGAAGAAGCCGAUAUAGCACUUGAGUACUAUCAAAACUUUCAGGCGAGUAAAAUCAGCGAAACGUUAGAAGACUUUGACUUCUAUGAUAAAAAGAUCAAAUAUAUGGACGAUAAACUCGAGCUUGACAAAGGAUACAGCGAAUUGAGAUUUGGGAAUAUUGAAACUGUUCUUAUAAGUACAUCAAACAAAAUAAUAACUACGCUAUCUUGGAGUGGAUGUCUCAACUUUCUAGGUUACAGCAACAUCUGUAGUUGCACUCGGGAACAAGGUUGCCUUCGAUUGGUUGUUAUUCAUUUCUAUUUUCCUUAG